AUGUACGUAACCAAGCUGAAGAGACAGUUAAGGCGCUCGACGGGAGCGGGGCAUUCCGGCAGUGCCAGUCAGUUGAACGAAAACGGAGACAGACUGGCAGCAUCAACAUCAAGGAAGGUCAGACUUCCAAAGCUGGAACUGAUCAAGUUCGACGGACACCUGAAAAACUGGCUGCCUUUCUGGAACCGGUUUGAUGCCGCAAUCCACCAGAACCCUGACUUGACACCGUGCGAUAAGUUUAACUACUUAAAGGCGGCACUAACAGGUGAUGGAGCGGCAGCCAUUGAUGGACUUCAGCCCACCGCAGAGUGCUACGCAGACGCCAUCGAUCUCCUACAGCGGCGGUUCGGGAAUCAAGAAGCGCUAAUCCAAGAUCACAUGGAAAGCCUCAUGGACAUACAACGUGUUCCACCUCAGCGCAACUUCAGAAUCCUGCGGCGAUUGUAUGAUAACCUGCGAGCUCGCAUCCGCGGUCUCAAGACACUGGGUGUGAACGAAGAAUCCUACUGUUCAAUGCUUUACCCAGUGCUCCUUCGAGCGCUCCCAAGGGAAAUGACCAUCGAAUACCACCGAAAGACACUACAGGGGGAAGCCGAGAGUGCCACCGCUAGUAGAUCUGUACCAGCGUCACAGACAAGUUUAGGACCUACCACAGAUCGCACACAUCUGAGAGCGCUUCGGACUCUCCUCGAGUUUCUGCACAUCGAGGUGGAGAGUCAGGAAAAGGCAUCUAAAGAACGGCCAGAGGACGUUGGUGGAAAAUCUACACCCCAUUUCACCAAGCGCGAGGCGCAGAAGAAGUCUACAAAUCCCGACAUGCCACGAACCUCUACUGCUACGGCUCUGCAUGGUGUUGUGGAAGGCCUCGAAUGUUUCUUCUGCAAGUCAAAAGAGCAUGGAACACCCGACUGCAACUCAAGGAUAACGCUAGCUGAAAAGAAGCGCAGGCUACAAAACACCCAGAGAUGCUUCCGGUGCACGAAAGUGGGGCACAUGGCAAGGAUGUGUCGAGGUACACCCUGCUGCAACAGGUGCCGAGGCAGACAUAGCUUCAGCAUGUGCGACCCAGAUUAUACUCCGAGACGAUCUGCCGACGGAUUGAACGCACAGCAAAAGAAAGACGAAGCACCAGUUAGCCUACAUGUAAACGAGGAAAACAAGCCGACAGUACUCUUACAAACGGUUACUGCGUGGGUGGAAGGCAAAAACAGGAGAAAGCGAGCUCGGAUUCUCUUUGACAGUGGUAGCCAGCGCUCCUUCAGCACGGAAGAGCUAUCGAGGAGCCUCGGCUGCAAACUGCUCGGGACCGAGAUACUGACUGUCGGAGUGUUCGGAGGCAAGAAUAGGGAACGAACGUACCGCAGAGUUCAAGUGAUUCUGCGCAACCAACACAGUGGCAAGAAACACAUGAUUGACGCCCUCGAGACACAUUCCAUCUCCGAGCAAGAACUCCCUACCCCUGAGAAGGACGUUAUAGAAAAAAUGGAAGAACUCGGGCUUACUUCGGGUGACGACCUGAACGGACUGGACUGUGGCGGAGUAGCGAUACUCCUGGGAUCGGAACAUUACUGGGAAUGUAUAACAGGAAGGAUCCAACGACUGAGCAACAGCCUCACCGCAGUGGAAACCGCCUUUGGCUGGGCAAUACAUGGAUCCACACAGUUGACUUCCGAUACUGUCAGCUGUUCCCAGGUGAUAGUGCUCAUAUCUGCUGCAGACGAACAAGAGCCAGCCAUCUUGAGGAGAUUCUGGGAGCUUGAAAGUGCAGGAGUACACGAAGAGGUGGACCGAGAUCAGUCAGAUAAUGACAUUAUGCGACGCUUUGAAGCAAGCAUCACCAAGACGAAGGGAAGGUACGAGGUUGGCCUCCCUUGGAAAACAGACGUGCACCUAGAAUGCAAUUGA